AUGCCGUAUCCUCUGCAAAAGUAUCUUCGCGCUCGUAGUAAUCGCAGCGAUCAUGGCGCACGAUGGCAGAUAUAUGUGAUUUACAUUUUACCUCCUGUAAAAUGAAAAUUAUUUGUAUUGCAAUUUCUUCGUACUAGUAUGAUGCUUUUGCAAUGCAUACGCCACACAAGGUCGACCAGGUCGUGUGUUUGUGCGUCAACGACGGCCACGUGAUGCGGUGCUGGAAAGAAUGGAUGCAGAUGAAGAGCGAGAAGGAAUUUUUACAAGGGGAGGAGAACAACAAGAAUAUGAAUACCACGCCCUUUAUGGAACCGUCAGGAUCGAAAUUCACAAAGUUGACAAAGAAAUUUUGGCAGCACCUGAAUGCAGUCGGUUCUGCUGUUUGGGCAAAGAUGACAUCUUGUUUUGUCAUGCUAUUUUAGCACCUCUAUGUCUAUCAAUCUGGUGCAAUCUCAAACAGGCUCCUUACAAUCGCCCUCACUUACGUGCCCUCCAAUACGCAGGUAGUCAUAUUAGUCUGUGCGUUGUAUUUUCCGCAUUACAGAUUUGUUCAACUGUGUCUCUCUCUGUCUCUGUGUGCAUUUCGAUCCUGACACUUCCAUACCCUCCCCAGACUUCGACAGCAUUUUGUUCGUUCCGGACAUGGCCUGCGAGUUUACGGUGAAGAUGGGAAUGAACGCGAUGAAGAAGGACCUCGGCGGCGAACGGAGCGACCGCUACAGCAUGUAUGUGGUGAAUGACGAGGUGCGGAAGAUGUUUAUCGAGGAGCCGGGCAAGCUCGAGGUGUCGGAUGCGGAAACCAUGAAGGAGUAUCUGGACGGGUUGGAAGAGUAAAUCGUAGGUAAGAUGAACGACCAGGCUUCGAUUGGAACGAACCGUGGAAAGUUGAAGAGUGUCAGCGCGUUCAUUCGGAUACCGACUACAACAAGAAGUAGACGGAAGAAAUAGAAAACAAAGGCUUGACUUCAAAAGACAAGAAACGACUUGGAUUUCUUCACUCCACCAAUUUAGAUAGAAGGGACGUCGAGAUGUAGUUGCUGUCGCCUAGCAGGUGCGAGGAAGCGCACUCACUUCGGAGUUAUUUUUCGGGCUGGAGCGUGUAAUGCGUACUUGGAGACUUUUUACUUCUUGACUGAUUUUGCAUAUGUUGAGCGUGAAAGAAACCACCUCCUGGUCCUGGGGAUGCACACCCUUACUUUUGCUGUCAUCCGUCUCGUUGUCGCGAGGAACUCAAAUAAUCAGACUCGCUUGGAGGUACUAUUUGUCUUCCUUCAAU